AUGGCUACAUUUUCGUUGGAGCAACUGAACUUUUUUAAGUUUUCAUCUGUCGUACUUGAUGAAUUUCCAAUCGCCCUCCGCCAAGUUUUUGUUCACAUGUGGGACAAUCAAGUCGCUCCUACAUUAGGCUUUCAAAAAUGGGACGACUCACCUCUGGUUCGCAACAUGUUUCUAAGUAAAGAGGGUGGAAGGACAAAAUAUGUUCCAACCGGUAAAUCUUUUUAUGAGUGGGACUGCACAGCGCUGUUUGAAGCCACUCUCUAUGCUCAGAGUUUUGCCAUUCCGGAUGGGAGUGGAGGCCUUUCAACUUUGCACAAAUUGUACGUGAAGCCCCGUCAUUUACCAAGUGGAACAUUUCACCCUGUCCUUUUAAUUCCUGGAAACGAAGCCGAGACGUUUGCGUUAGCGUUAGAUCAGCUUCGUCUCCUAAGAAACGCACUGUGUCACCAGACAAGCACCCAAAAGAUUGACAAGACAACUUUUGAUUAUUAUAUAAAAUUAACAAGAGAGGCGUUUUUUGCACUUAAACAAGACACAACCAGGAUUGAUGAGAUCGGGAAGCUUGAAGAAGGAGACUUUCCUACUGCCAGGCUUCAAAAGUUAGAAGAAGAGUUGAAGAAAGAAAAAGAUGUUGACAUCAAGUUUAAGCAAAUCAGUGAUCACCUCAACCAAAUCGAGAGUCAAAUUGAGAACGUACGAUCAGACGUAAAAACAUCAGUAACAGAUGUACAAACGAAAGUGGAAGAAGUCAGGUCAGACUUCAAAACAGCAGUAACAGAUGUGCAGACAAAAGUGGAAGAAGUCAGGUCAGACGUCAGAACAUCAGUAACAGAUGUACAAACGAAAGUGGAAGAAGUCAGAUCAGACGUACUAACGGCAAUAACAGAUGUACAGACAAAAGUAGAAGGCGUAAAAACGGCAGCAGCAGAAGUCGAGACAAAAUUGGAAAAUGUCGAAUCAGAGGUGAAAAUUGCAACAAGUGAGUUAGCGAAAGUAAAAGCAAACAUCGAUGACGUAAAACAAGCAGUUCAGUCCGGAAUCAAAAAAGGUAUGUAAAGCGUUGGUUUCCUUGCAAAACACUGGCUGAUCCGUCAUUCAUCUUCCUUGGUUAGGAACUGCCUUGCUAGUUGCGUAUGUGAAGGUUCCCAAACCGAAUUCCUAUUUAUAUUUUUAUAUUGAGCAGUUGUUGGUAAGGCAAUUCAACGUCUAUUUGACAUUGAUUUAUAUAUCGCUAUUGGUGUGGCAAACAGUAAAUCCAGUACAUUUACUAUAAAAUAACAAUCGGUUACACACACAAAAUGUGUGGGCUCCCUGUGCCUGAAUUAACAAAACCAUUCAGGAGCCGAUUACUUGAAGUCUUCACCUCCCAUAUAAGCCCUUGGAGUCAACCCUUUCCGGCGAAAAAAUUAUUUAUAGAAAUAAGUAAUCGGCUCCUGUAGAAAUAGCUUUCGCGGAAUAUUUUUCACGCCUUCUUAGUAAUAUCCAAUCAGAGAAGAGCUAUGAUCAUACGUCACACGUUGAGUCACAGUAGACUACGAGAAGUCCUCCAUUUUUCCUCAGGGACAGCAGAGCGCGCGUGAAAAUCACCCCACGCGAGAAAAGGCGACACGCGGCGGGAAGAGAGAAAAAUGGGGGACUACAGACAAAGCCCAAGCUUUUGAACUAGACUGUUCACAGUCCUCUAUUUUUCCGUAAGAUCGUCGAGAUCGAGCGCUUUGCAUUACGGGCUGCCAUCUUGUUUGAGUAUCUAAACUACCUAGGGGGCGGGGGGGCGGUUUGGGACAGCUAAAAUCCACGACGCCCACCCCCUAGGUACAUUUGAAAAUCAACAUGGCCGCCAUUAACGGUAAGACCGGGGCUAUAUCUCGACGAUCUCACGAAAAAAUAGGGGACUGUGAACAGUCUACAAUACCAUAGAGAACCCACGCUCGUAAACUGCAAAUGGAAAUUAAAUGAGAGAUAAAAACGUAUCUGUGGAGUGUUCAGUUCUUGAAUCUGCUGGGGAGCAAAGUGAAAUUGAAGUUGCUCUACGAUGCAAAAAACGAAAUAAUGUUACGAUCUUUGUGUCAGCGCUUUGUCUGUAAAUUUCACAAUGCUUACUUUUAUGUGCUUACUUUUAAAUUUCACAAUGCUUACUUUUAGCUCCUAACAAUCCUUAAAUUAGAUAAUAUAUAUAAAUUAAAAAUAUGUUGCUUUACACAUAGAAUGAGAAAUGAGCUGAAAUGAGACUGAUAGCAUUCCAGAUAUUUUCCUUGAUAUCCUGACUCCAGCAUCGCGUAUACACAAUCACAAUACAAGAUUUGUCAGCAAUCUGAACUAUUUUAGGCCAAGAGUAUCCACCAACUUAGGUAAGACGUCCUUUAAAUUCUCCGCUCCAAAAAUCUGGGAGACUGUACCGCCUGGUCUCAAGUGCCUGCCAUAUCAUAAGUUUAAGAAAGAAUGGAAAUCCUGUCUUCUAACCAACCAAAUCUGACCUUGCUUAUAUGUUCUACCACUGAUAUUAUUUGAGAUUCUAUUCCUCUCUUUAUUGCUGCCAAUUAUUUAAGCAUGACGGUGUCCAACAAGAAAGCUCUUGCUACUUUGGACACCGUACACCGUUAUUAUUUGUCAGCUACUUUAUUUUCCUACCUACGUACACUUAUGUAAAUAUCUUAUAUAGUGUGAAUAAAGAAUUGAAUUGAAUUGUGGUUUGUCUUGCAUAUCACUGCUGGUGUCACGCGGUUGUCAUUAUCGUCUGGCGUUUCACUGUUGGUUUAUUAAUUAACGGUACAGUAAUUAGCGCGCGUCAACUAAAAUUGUUAAAAAAUUAAUAACCAACAGUAAAAAGCGAGACGAUAAUAACAACCGCGUGACAUCAACAGUGAAAUGCGAGACAAACCACAUAAAAUAAAGCUUUGCGAAAUUUACGGACAAAGCUCCGACACAAACAUCGUUUUUGCAUCGUAGAAACAACUUUCAUUUCACAUUUCUCCGUAGCAGAUUCAAGAACAGAACAGGUGAGUUUUUAUUUCUCAUUUAAUUUCCAUUUGCAGUUUACAAAUAAGAGUGUGGGUCCCUAUGCAAUGCCAGCAACACCAGCAAAACCGCCCAACCAGAAGAAUGCUGCGUUUAUUCGAGUUUUAUAAGCAAAUAUCUCGGUACAACCUUUAAACCAACACCGGUUAUAGUCACGAAUCUGUCUCAGCAAAAAAGCGACACAUCGAAACCUUUUACAAAUAUAUCCAUCUUUCUGUUUUGCAUAAUAUUUCUUUAUUUAUCUGUCUAUUUAUUUAUUUAGUUAGUUAGUUUUCAUCACAGGGUCCACAGGUUACAAAAUAUACGCUUGAAUAAAAUUCAUUUACAUAUGUUGUUUACUAUGUUUUUUUUGUUUUUGUUUUUUUUUUGAGUUAGGGAGAUCGAGAACAUGACUGUGAUGAGGAACGAGGGCGGCAGCCCCAAUCUCUCUCCCUUUUUGCCAUAAUGAUUGAUUUGCAUAAUUUCACUUUUUCGCUCGCGCCGCGCGUGGCAAGAAGGACGACUGCUCGCGGUUUGCUUAUAUGAUUUGUUUUCCCAAUGCACGUCACGUGAUAUUACUCUAAAGAACUGUGUCUUCUAACUUUCUUCUUCUUCACACGCAUGAUGUAUUUAAAGAGAAGGAACAAAUUUCCUUGAAAAAUCACAUGAACUACAAUGGGGAACAAUAUAAUUGCUAAAAAAGACCUUUUAUUAAAGGAUGACUGUACAGCUGUAGACGACUGAACGUUCACCCUAGCCUGGAGCGUAUAACUCAGUCUUUUCAAUACUAUUGUUAAUUACAACUACAAAGUUCUGAUUAUUCCCUGCAAUGUAAUUUGUUUGUGUUGUCUCUUCAGAUUUAUUUGUGCCCAAAUCGUCCAUACCUGAUGAAUUACCGAAUUUUGUUGGCCGCGACAAAGAAUGCAAAGCAGUAGAACAUCAUUUAACAGAUGAAGUUACUCGACUGGUCAAUGUCUGGGGUCCUCCUGGAUUUGGAAAAACAUCAGUGGCCAUCAGGGUGGCGCAUCACUUACAAGAGAAGAAUUUUCCAGUUUACUUUGCAUCCGUUCGUGCAGUGGAAAGUAUGGAAGAUUUAGUGUCAAAGCUGCUCAGGGUGUUCGUAGACGAUAAACAGGUGCACCAUAUUACCUCGUCUGACCUCGUCAUUCAAUGUUUACAGCAAAUUCGAAAUCCUUUUGUCUUAAUAUUAGAUAACGCAGAUGAUUUAUUCGAAUCUGAAGAUGCUAAACGGAAACAGCACGUGCUCCGAUUCAUUGAGGAGAUCCUUACUCACUGCAAACAUGUCAAACUUCUCUUAACUACUCGCGAAAGUCUCGACUACUUAACCCACAAGCUUCCCAUCUUUUUGGAGAAAAUUAACGUAUUGGAUGAAAUUUCGUCAGCGCAUCUGGUAAGGCUGUUGUUACCAGAUGCAUCCGAAGGUGAUUGCAAAUGCGUAGUGAAGGAAUGUGGAAACGUUCCUAUGUCCAUGCGACUAAUGUGCAGCAUCAUUAAGGAAGCAAAUAUAUCCAUAAAUGUGCUUUUAGAUGAACUAAGCAAUUCAACUAUAGUUGAAGUUUUGAAUAGUGAAAGCUUUCCUGACGAGUUUCGGCUGAAAUCUGUAAUUAACACAUCUUUUAAAAGGCUCAUGAUUCCCGAAAGAGACGCAUUUGUUUCACUUUCUGUUUUUCCUGAGUGGUUUGGAAUAGAGGAAGCUCAAGCUAUAUUGAAUGUAAAAUCAGAGGUUAAAACCAAACAAAUCAUUCGAUCAUUGGAGAGAAAGUCACUUAUACAUUGUGGAGAAAAUUUUAGCCGUUUUACAGUCCAUUCACUUUUACGGUCCUUUAUUAAGGAAGAAGUAAAGAAUGACGAAGGGAUUGAAGCUGUAUUUCUAGACGCACAGCUUCACUUUUACGACUAUUACACUUCUCGGUGUAAAGUUGCUAAUGAAAACUUUCUGAUAGGACGUUAUUCAAGCGCCUUCAGAAGCUUCCUUGACCAGCGUGAGUGCAUCAUUUCAUCCCUUUCUAAUGCUCCUGGAAAUGACAUUACCUACACCAAGGCUGUAGACUUGUUAUCUGAGGCAAAAUCAUUUCUCUAUGUUGCACUGCAUGGUGAAAAAAUGUUAUUUGAGCGCCUUUAUAACAUAGCAAUAGAAGAAGCAAAAAGAAGGGAAAAGGUCGGCGACGAAGAAAUGUUACUCUCUGCCAAAGAAUUUCCUCUUAGUGAGUGGUAUCAGCCAGACACUGCUAAAAGCUACUUCUGGCUUGGUAGAGUGCAGCGUGAAGCGGGAGACCUGAAAACAGCAUUGGAGUCGGUACAGUUGAGCUUACGAUUAAGAAAAGAACUGUUAGGAGAUCAUCCUGAUACAGCCGACGACUUUCAUGAGCAAGGCGUUAUAUAUUAUGCAAUGAAUGACAAGAAGUCAGCUGUUGAAGCAUUCCAGAAAGCAGCAGACAUAAAUUUAUCUUUGCGUGGAGGUCACAUAUUCACGGCACACAGCUACCACAGCCUUAGUGUGGUGCAGGACCAGAUAGGGGACCGUGAAGGAGCUUUAGAUUCUUUACAAAGAGCAGCAAACAUGAGAUCAAAUCUGCUUGGUGAUCACGAAGACACUGCGGACAGUUACUACUGGCUUGGUCGAGUGCAGCGUGACAUGGGAGACCUUAAAGGAGCUAUGGAUUCUUUACAAAGAGCAGCAAACAUAAGAUCGAAUCUGCUAGGUGAUCACAAAGACACUGCCUACAGCUACCACGAGCUUGGUUUUUUGCAGCAUCAAAUGGGAGACCUUAAAGGCGCUUUGGACUCUUUACAAAAAGCAGCACACAUGAGAUCAAAUGUGCUUGAUGAUAAUGAAGACACUGCCUACAGCUACCACGAGCUUGGUGUUGUGCAGCAUCAAAUGGGAGACCUUAAAGGCGCUUUGAACUCUUUACAAAAAGCAGUACACAUGAGAUCAAAUGUGCUUGGUGAUCACAAAGACACUGCCUACAGCUACCAUUUGCUUAGUGUGACGCAAUUUCUCAUGGGGGACCUUAUAGGAGCUUUGAAGACUGUACAGGUGAGCUUACGAUUGAGGAAGGAACUAUUAGGAGAUCAAGUAGGUACAGCUGACAGCUAUCAUCAGCAAGGCGUUAUCUAUCUUGCUAUGGGUGCCCAUAAGUCAGCUUUUGAAGCAUUCCAGAAAGCAGCAGACAUGAAUUUAAAUUUGCGUGGAGAUCACAUCUUCACGGCACACAGCUACCACAGCCUAAGUGUCACGCAGGUUGAUAUGGGUGACCUUAAAGGAGCUUUGGACUCUCUGCAAAGAGCAGCAAACAUGAGAUUAAAUCUGCUUGGUGAUCACAAAGACACGGCAAGCAGCUACCACAGCCUAGGUGUCACGCAGCGUGCAAUGGGAGACCUUAAAGGAGCUUUGGACUCUCUGCAAAGAGCAGCAAACAUGAGAUCAAGUGUGCUUGGUGAUCACGAAGACACGGUGUCCAGCUACCACAUACUCGGUCAAGUGCAACGAGACAUUGGAGAUCUUAAAGAUGCUUUGGAGUCGUGCGAAAUAUCGGCGAACAUGACUUUUAAUCUACUUGGUUACAACGAAUACACGGCAACCACCUACUACAGUGUUGGUGUACAACAGCGUGAAAUGGGAGACCUCAAAAGAGCUUUGAAGUCUUUAAAAAUAGCACAAGAAUUGACAUCAAAUGUGCUUGAUGAUCACGAAAAUACGGCACAUACCCAGUAUGAGCUUGGUAGGGUACAAUUUGUAAUGGGAGACCUAAAAGGAGCUUUAGAUUCAUUACAAAAAGCAGCAAACAUGAGAUCAAAGUUGCUUGGUGACCACGAAGACACGGCGUCCAGCUGCCACCUGCUUGGUUUAGUGCUGCGCGACAUGGAAGACAUAAAGGGAGCCUUUGACUCUUUACAAGAGGCAGCGAACAUGAGAUCAAAUGUGCUUGGUGAUCACGAAAAAACAGCACGCAGCUAUCACGAGCUUGGUGCUGUGCAGCGUGAAAUGGGAGACUUCAAAGGAGCAUUGGAAUCUUUUCAAAAAGCAGUAGACAUGAGAACUAAACUACUGGGUGAUCACGAAGAUACGACGAGCAGCUUGAAUGAAUUACGUGCUGUGCGGGGUACGCGUUCUCUCCUUGGCAAAGUGUUUCGGCGGAAAAGUCGACACAAAAAAUAA